UCUUCCUCCUCGUCUUCUUCUUCCCCGGCGCCUUCCGUGCUGCCGCUGCUCCUGCUGCUGGCCAGCGGACCGGGCCCCGUGGCGGCGGUGCAAGCCGAGCCGGGCGGUGGCGGAGGAGAUGGAGGUGGUGGAGGAGGAGGAGGAGGAGGAGGAAGCAGAGGGACCGGAGGCGGCGGCGGCGGCGGCGGGGCCAACAGCCGCGGAGGAAGCCGGCCAGCGAACAGCCCUUGCCGGGAGAAAACGGUGACCGUCUCCACCUUGCCGGUGCUGCGGGAAAGCGACCUCGCCUGGAGGAGCGGCGGAGGCGGAGGCGGAGGCGGCCCCUCGGGUGGGUCCGGCGCCUUCCCGUCUUCAGCCUCCGCUGCCGCCGCCGCUGCUGCCGCUGCCGCUGCUGCUCCGGGCUCGGUGCCUCCCGGCGGCGGCGGCGGCGGCGAUUCGCGCUUGCUGCUUUUCGUCCGGAGCGAACUGCCGGGGCGCGUGGCGGUGCAAGACGACCUGGAUAACACGGAGCUGCCCUUCUUCACUUUGGAGAUGUCGGGGACGGUGUCAGAUCUUUCUUUGGUACACUGGAAACAGCAGUGGUUGGAGAAUGGCACUCUCUACUUCCAUGUGUCCAUGAGCAGCACUGAACAACUUUCCCGGGCCACACCACCGAGCCUCCAAGAACCUUCGGAGAUUGUGGACGAACAGAUGCACAUUCUACAUGUGUCUGUCAUGGGUGGACUGAUUGCUCUCCUUCUGCUGCUGCUGGUGUUCACCAUAGCCUUGUACGCCCAACGGCGUUGGUACAAACAACGCCGUGUCCCCCACAAGAGUGCCAGUUCCGAGGCCACCCAUGAGAUCCACUACAUCCCCUCUGUGCUUAUCGGCUCCCAGGGCAGGGAGAGCUUCCGCAGUGCACGCCUUCAAGGUCACACCUCGGUCAUCGGCAUGCCCAUCCGCGAGACCCCCAUCUUGGAUGACUACGACUACGAGGAGGAAGAGAACCCUCUGCAUCCGGAGCUCGGCUACCGAGACGGCGAGUUCGGGAGUCAAACCGGGGUGGCCCUGGACAGCACAGGCAGGAGCGGAGAGAAACUCGUCUACGAAAAGAAAGAUGCAGAGGUGAUAUUCAGUGAGUGCAGCUGCCACGAAGGAUAUGCCCCAGAUCCUGUUCAUCGACACCUUUGUAUCCGUAACACCUGGGAACACAGUGAAGGCCCUUGGCCAUACACAACUUUGGAAAGAGGUUAUGAUUUGGUGACGGGAGAACAAGCUCCGGAGAAAAUUCUUAGGUCUACCUACAGCCUGGGCCAAGGUCUUUGGCUUCCCGUGAGUAAAAGUUUUGUGGUUCCUCCGGUGGAGCUUUCCAUCAACCCAUUGGCUAGCUGCAAGACCGAUGUCCUUGUGACUGAAGAUCCAGCAGACGUCAGGGAAGAAGCAAUGUUGUCAACUUACUUUGAGACCAUCAAUGACCUACUCUCAUCCUUUGGACCGGUUCGGGAUUGUUCUCACAAUAACGGAGGCUGUACCCGCAAUUUCAAAUGUGUAUCAGACCGUCAAGUGGACUCAACUGGUUGUGUGGAAGAGCGACAAGGAGAAUCUUUGAGCUUCGCCGAUGAUUUACUGUCCGGACUUGGAACCGCUUGCGUUGCUGCCGGGAGGACUCACAGGGAUGGCCAAGAUGCCAGCCUUUAUUCUGUCAUUUUCAAAUGCUUGGAGCCGGAUGGAUUAUACAAAUUUACCCUCUAUGCUGUAGACACCCGUGGAAGGCACUCGGAACUGAGCACCAUCACGCUGAGAACGGCUUGUCCACUGGUGGACGACACCAAAGCAGAAGAGAUAGCAGAUAAGAUCUACAACUUGUACAAUGGCUACACCAGUGGGAAGGAGCAACAGACAGCCUACAACACCCUUAUGGAAGUCUCAGCUUCCAUGCUUUCCCGAGUCCAGCAUCACUACAACUCCCAUUAUGAGAAAUUUGGGGACUUUGUCUGGCGUAGCGAGGAUGAGCUCGGCCCCAGAAAAGCGCACCUCAUCUUACGGCGGCUGGAGAAAGUCAGUAAGCACUGUUCCAGUUUGCUACGCAGCGCCUACAUCCAGAGCCGGACUGACACCAUGCCCUACUUGUUCUGUCGCAGCGAGGAGGAGCGCUCCCAGGGCAUGGUUUGGUACAAUGUCCUGAAGGACACCAAAAUCACCUGCGAAGAGAAGAUGAUCUCUCUGCUGCGGAACAUGUACGGUGACUCCAAGGGACGAUGAAACAAAAACAACGGGCCGGCCAACCGAGGCACGACGGGGCAAAGGCACUCCCCUCCUCUCCGGCUCAAGCAAGGACAUGUGGCAACCUACCAUUCGAUGGAUGGA